AUGUCGUUAUACUCAAGGUUAUUAAAGUACCUCCUUACUAAAAAGGGAAAGUACAUCAACAACGAGACCAUUAUCGUAGGAGGAAACUGUAGUGUAGUGGUUCAGAAGUUUCCUCCUAAGUUCAAAGACCCAGGAAGCGUCACCAUCCCUUGCUCUAUUGGAGAUAUAUCGGUAGGAAAGGCUUUCAUUGAUUUAGGAGCAAGUAUCAAUUUAAUGUCGCUUUCCGUGUGCAAGAGAAUAGGGAACCCAAAAAUUGACCCCACUAGGAUGAUACUCCAGCUGGCAGAUCGCUCCAUCACCAGACCAUUUGGAGUAGUGGAAGACAUCCUGGUCAAAGUCUGCCACUUCACUUUUUCGGUGGACUUUGUAAUCAUGGACAUUGAAGAAGACGCUGAGAUCCCUUUGAUUUUGGGUUAG